GAUUCAAGGGUGUUAUGUCGAAUAGUGCUACCCAUCUAGAUGUGCUCCUAUGCAGCUCUGCGCAUGCUCCGCGCAGUAGCCUACAAGAAAUAUUACUUUAUUGUGGCUUUUCGUGUGUCGAAAAGUUAUUCAUCCAAAAUAUUAAAUUAAGGGUUUAGUAUCAAAAUAUGCGCCCUGUUUACUUACAGUAUAAAAGCAGCGAUUAGUGUUGUUUAAAAGUGUACUGUGAGCCUCUGGUUGCACAUAUUAACAAGGUAGCAAAUCUCGACAUAACACCAGAAGUUGAUUAAAAAAGCGGGGCCUUUUUAGUCGUUUAUUUAGAAGAUUUUGGCCGACAAAAACAACUUUUUCUCCUUCUCUCACAUAAAAUCUAAGUGAUAUUUUCUCACAAGUAAGGAAGAAUGUGUAUCUACUUAUAGUUAUCAUUUAAAAUCUGUUAACUAGAUUUUCACCCCCCUUUGUGUUUUUUAUGGUAAUAUGUUAACAUGCUUGCAUUGCCUAACACGAAGGCCACGUUGCUUACUUAAUUAAUGAUGUAUUUAUGUUAAAUCCUGCAGGAAAACUAGAAAUAAAAGAAGCAGAAGGCUACGCAGUUGACACAACGACCACACGAUGGCGUCAUCUUUAGGUGGGAAAUCCCUGGUUCUUGGUCUCCAAGGAGCUCAGGACGGUUUUGUGCGAGUGAGGAAAAGCGAUUUGGACAAGUUGACCACGGAAGUGAUGCAGCUCAGAGAGUUCCUGCCCCGAGUGCUGAACAGAGACCUGAUGGAGAUGCUGCACAAAGCUCGAGCAGCUCACACAGUGAAGGAGCAGUUUACACAAGAACAGGAGCAGCUGAGACAGGAGUGUCUUCACCUGCAGUCCCGACUCGACGCAGUGCAGACAGAGUGUCAGAAAGAGAGAGAGGAGAAGCUGUUGUUGCGGGAGCAGCUGUGGCAGAGCGGAGCAGAGCUGCAGCAGCAGGCCGACUUCUGCUCCAGUCUGGGAUCUGCAUCCUGCAGUCUGCUGUGGAGCUGCUCCUCCAGCGAGCAGACGGUCACACACUGGCUCGCUGACGGGAAGCUGCAGUCCUACCUGCUGGUCGCUGCUCAGACUCUGGAGAGCUUCGUCAGGUCUCUGGAUGAGGAGGUGAAAGCUGAGGACCACAACUCCCAGGAGCACCAGUUUGUUCUGGCUGUAGCUGGAACCAUCACCAAUAUCGCAGCAGUACCUUGUGGGCGGGACUUCCUGUCCAGCUCUGCUCACGUGCUGUUGGACACUCUGAUGAAACUUCUGGAGCUGAUGAAACCGGGAGUCUUCCCCAAACUCAAAGUGUUGAUGCUGAUGGCUCUGUAUAACGUCAGCAUCAGUAUUAAAGGACUGAAGUACAUCAGUGAGAACCCCGGACUGCUGCCUCUCAUCUGGACCCUUCUGGACGAUGGAGACUGGGAGGUGUGUCUGCACUCGCUGCGUCUCCUGCAGUCCGUGUUGUUGGAGGAGGAGGUGCUGCUCCUGCUGGGCUCGUCUCUGCUGGAUCCUGAACUCCAGGCUCGGGUCAGCCGGCUCACCUCCAGCAAGCAGCCCAGCCUGAGAGUGACUGCCCAGCAGACUCUGGAGGACCUGCAGGCCCUCGCACAGGGUCAGAGAUCUAAACAGAGCAGCCUCUGAUGUGGAUUAUGUGUCUUCAGUAGUUCACAUGAGUUCAGUAUUUGUGCUGUUUUUUGCACGCCAUGUGUUUAACAGGGACAAAAAGGAGAUGCCCGCGUUUUCAUCGACAGUUUAACCUGUACAUUUUCUCUUUUUUUUUUUACUUGCACUGUUCAAAGAAUUGUUCUCAUAAUUGGAUUCUUGCACAUUUAAUGUUUAUAUGAUAACACCCGUUAAUACGAGACAUAUUAAAGUUCAUGUUUGCAUACUUUCAAGGCACUAUCUUCAUGUUUUAUAAACUGUAUACGUUAUCAGAGAUCCAUCACAUUCACUCACCAAACUCUUCAUUCUGGUUCACACUUAAAAAGGCUUCUAUAGAAUUUAAACGAUGCAGUAAUACGUCCCGGCGUUUUCGGACUGCAGGAAUUUCUUGAUAGUUCUAGAAACUGUUGCAAUCAUUUUUUACUGAUUCCACUCCGCAGGAACGAUGAACUGUUUUAGUUCCUGGAACCUCAUUAAGAGGAACCUUUUUUAGCUCCUGCGGCAGAGUAGGUACCACGGCGGUGUGAACGCAGACAGAAAAAAAUCCCCAUGGUGUGAAGUUCUCAGGGCAAACUCUAGUGGAUAGACUAUCAU